AUGCCACGAAGAAGAAAUGAUCAUUGGUGUUCAUCGAAAAGGAUCAAACAACACAUGAAGGACAAAACAAACUCCAAAUCAAACGUGUUGAAAGAUCAAGAGGGUGAUGAUGUUGUUGGUAUUGACUCUCAAGGCUCACACUCGCCGUUCGAUCGUUUCAUUCAACUCAAACUUGGCUCUGUGACUCCAUUUUCCGACAAGGCCUCGACUGUGUUACCUCUCGUUUCGCAUCAUGUCAAAUGCCAAAUCACUUACCCUGUGAUCCAAGUCGUGUCGACCAUGACAUUCCAAAACGAUCAUUCAUCAAAAACCAUUGAAGCUCUUGUGGAUGCUGUACCUAUUGAAAAAGAAAAAGCAAAGCAAGUCUUUGAGAAUGAAGCGAGAGCUGAAAGAAAUGUAUCCAUUGUUGAGAAGGUCUCUCAAUCGAAUUGUUUUAAAACUCGAGUCAAUCCGUUGCCUUUCCAGGAAGAUAAGACCAUACAGGUGAAAUAUCAAAUCAUGUUGAAUGAAACUGCAACUUCUCUUCAAGAAAAGGAGGAAGGAAUCAUCAACAGUUGUGUAUUUAUUCCAAUGAGUUAUUUAAAUUUUGAAAAGCUUAGAGAGGACAGCAAGAUUGAAUUUUCUUUCAAUGAAUCUUCCUUUAAGAAUUUAAAAAGUGAAAUUUAUUUGGAAACUUUGCACAACAACAAUACUGAUACUUCUCAUCAAGACGGACAUGAUCAUGACGCAACCAUGCAUGAUACGAUAUCCUCUCAAUUAAUUUGGAGCAACAAUAAGUUCAAUUAUUCUUCAUCACACCCACACACAGAUUAUCAUUUCGAACUCAAGAAAUCCGAUCUGAAUGAACACAUAACAGGAUUCACCCUCAAUAUUUCACAAAAAACAGAAAGCACUCGAGAUAUACAAUUUGCGGAGAAAGAUGGGUACUUUAUGACUAGUAUUCAUGUUCCUUCUCCUCCUACAGAAAUUAUUUCAAAUGAAAAUUCAGAACAGCCUGGAAAAAAGAUUCAAAUUCUUUGGGAUUGUUCAUUAAGCCAGGGAAAACAACAUGUGACUAUUUGUAAGCUAUUGAGGAAAAUUCUUGAAAAAGUAGAACCCUCGUGUAUUGUAUUCACAUGUUUCAGUAAUGCUGUCGUGAGCAAUCAUGAAUUUUCAAAUGGUUUUGGUUUUUCAAAGUUGGAACUAUUUUUAACACAACAAGAAUUAACUUAUGAUGGAGGAUCCAAUUUAUUGCUGUUGGAUAGAGGAAUGAUUGACGAAAGUGUACACUAUUGCAUUAUGUUUACGAAUUGA